AUGUAUGUGAAAUAGUUUGAUACAGUAAAUUUACUAUGUGAUUUCAGUGAAUUUAGUGAAUGCCACUUUUUGUCAUUUUCAAAUUUCCCGCCAGUUCCAUUCCCGUACGUCCCGACGCUCGCAGGGGACGGAACCCAGAUGACAGAUGCUGGCAUCCGCCGGAGGACAUUGCUGGGGACACUGCAGGAGGGACAUCGCGGGAGCACAGGACAAGGUAAGUGAUCGAGGAAUCCCGGAGCAGCGCCGCAUAGUAUUCCCGAGUGUAGCUCGGGGUUACCGCUUGUGCUACACUCGGGAAUACCGCCAGGGAGGCUAC